CAAGGAUAUGUCCGCCUCGGAUUUGUCCGCUGGGCAAGCGGAUCAGAUCCGAGCCUUGCCCGGCGGACCAAUCCGUACGUGUAUGGCUAAUCGCGGAUCAGAUCCGAAGCUUGCCCGGCGGACGAAUCCCCACGUGUAUGGCUAGCUAAUCUGUAAACUUAAGUUUUUGCAGUUAGUGAAAGAUGAUUCCCGACCACUACUUCGAUGAAGGCCUGAACGGCUCACUGUACCGGAAUGACAUGAAGCAGGUCAACACUGUGAAGAUGGUAUAUGAGAAGACACAGGCAGAUUAUGAGCAAGAACAACGCGACAUGCUCUCGUCACAAGAUGGCGACACUUGCGAGACGCACGACCAGUUCUACCGCGACCACAAAUUGCUGCUGGUGCUUUUCAGAGUUCUGGCUGUGAUGCCCAUCACCAGGUCACGACCAGGCACCGUAACAUUCAGCUGGAAAUCCCGCGCCACAAUGUACGCCAUCUCCUUCUACAUAGUAGCCACAGUAGUCGUCCUGAUGGUAGGCUACGAGCGCGUGAUGAUCCUGCGCUCCAUCAAGAAGUUCGACGACUACAUCUACGCCAUCCUGUUCGUGGCGUUCCUCGUGCCGCACUUCUGGAUCCCCUUCGUGGGGUGGGGCGUGGCGCACCAGGUCGCCAUCUACAAGACCAGCUGGGGCAAGUUCCAGGUUCGAUACUACCGAGUGACUGGCGAAAACCUGCAAUUCCCCAACCUGCAGACCCAGAUCGUCAUCAUUAGCGUCGGCUGCCUCCUCCUAGCCAUCUGUUUCCUCCUCAGCCUCUGCGCUCUCAUGGACGGUUUCCUCCUCAUACAUACCACAGCCUACUACCAUAUCAUCACCAUGAUUAAUAUGAACUGCGCGCUGUGGUACAUUAACUGCAAGGGCAUUAAGAUCGCCUCGCAAAGUCUGUCGGAAUGUUUUCGUAGGGACGUUAAUGUGGAGAUCUCGGCGAAGCUGAUAUCUCGGUACCGGUUCCUCUGGCUGAACCUGUCUGAGCUGCUGCAGUCACUCGGCAACGCCUACGCGCGUACCUACUCCACCUACUGCUUGUUCAUGUUCUUCAACAUCACCAUCGCGGUAUACGGCGCGCUCUCCGAGAUUGUGGACCACGGAUUCGGAUUCAGCUUCAAGGAAAUGGGACUGUUCGUCGACGCUGCUUACUGUUCCACUUUACUGUUCAUUUUCGUUGACUGCUCUCAUAAAUCCACCUUGAAGGUGGCAGCUGGAGUUCAAGACACUUUGCUGGGCAUUGACAUGUUGGCUGUCGAUAGGCCUGCUCAAAAAGAGAUCGACCACUUUAUCCAAGCCAUCGAGAUGAACCCCGCCGUCGUGAGCCUGAAAGGUUACGCACACGUCAACAGAGAACUACUCACUUCGGCAAUAAGCAUGAUAGCUAUUUAUUUGAUCGUGCUGCUGCAGUUCAAGAUAUCGCUGCCCAAAACUGACACAUAAGACCAAUCUAAGUUGUGAGAACUAAAAGUUUAUUGACAUACGAAGCAUCGAUUUAAACUUCCCUUGUAGUUGUAAGUUAGUUAGUAGUUGUAGUUGUAAACUUGUAGUUUAAAUCGAUGAUACGAAGACAAACUUAUUCGCUGGUAAUUGUUGCGAGCUUAUAGUAAGUGCAAAGAGGAUCGAGUAUAGAGAAUUACUUUCUAAGUAAAAGCAGGGGCGGCUUACUCCGCGAUCCUUUCGCCGCGCUACAAGUACAUGCCGGCGGCUGCGAGUUCGCGGCCCAUUCAGUGGCGACGACUUUCGCGCGGCUCAAUAGAAUUCAAUGUCGUCUGCACGCGUGCGGUCCGUU